AGAGAAGCAAUCAAAUCGGCUUUCUUACACAAUUAUGGAAUUUAUGAAAAGUAUGCUUUUGGCUAUGAUAUCGUCAGACCAAUAAAACGCAAAGGUGCAGAUAAUGCAAUUUUAGCCGGAAUGGGAGGAACAAUCAUUGAUUCGAUGAGUACGAUGAUCUUGAUGGGUUUAAAUGAAAGCCAACAGUAUAAGAACGCCCUCGAACAUGUUCGUACAACUGAUUUCACAAUGACAAGCCAAGGUACUCCAGUUGGAACAGUUUCUUUGUUUGAACUUACGAUUCGUUACAUUGGUGGUUUGACUUCUGCUUUUGAAAUGAACGGACAAAGAGAUGACGAACGUUUUUUGAUCGAUAAAGCAGCUUCUUUGGCGAACGAAUUAUCACAUGCUUGGGAUUGGGGCACUCGUAUUCCGUACAAUCGUGUGAACAUUAACAAAAAGCACCCCGAAGAAGAAGAAGAGCUGAAAGAUCAAGGAACAGCAUGUCUAGCUGAGAUCGGCACUUUGAGUAUUGAGUGGCACCGAUUGAGUCAUCAUACCGGUAAUUCAACCUACAAAGAACUAGUACUCAAUUCGCUCGAAGCAGUGUUCAAUUCAACUGCAAUCUUUCCAGGUUUAUGGGCUCAAAGAAUCAAUCGUAUGACAGAAAAACCUUUUCGUGAUUACGUUACAUGGGGAGGAGGAUCGGAUUCGAUGUUUGAAUAUUUCUCAAAAUACCCAUUGAUGUUAGGAGAUGAUAAGCAUAAACAAUUGGGCAUUCUAGAAAUGACGAUGGCAUCAACGAUCGAGCAAUUAGCCAAAAAGACUGGUUUGGGUAAUCUUACCUUUCUGGCUGAUUGGAGUGAUUAUUAUGCACACGGAACGAUCAAUAUGCAUUCUCAUUUGGCUUGCUUUUCUGGUGGCAACAUUGCAAUGGCAGGUAGGAUUCUGCACAAAGAUGAAUGGACACGACUUGGCUUAGAGAUAAGUGAAAGUUGUGCAAGAAUGUAUGAAAUGACACAUACCGGCAUCGGACCAAUCGCUUGGGGCUGGCUAGAUAAAGAAGGCAGAGCAUUAGGAUGGGAAAAGUCGACUGAUAUCACAAGUGCUAGAAUGGAAUAUCAUCAGAUCCAUGGUGUUUUCAUAACGAUGGCCUUUUAUUCCCACCAACCAGAAGUCGUCGAAUCAAUGUUCUACGCUUGGAGAAUCACCGGUGAUGAGAUGUGGAGAGAUAUGGCUUGGAAUGCUUUCCAAUCAAUGCAAAAAUAUCUAGAGUUCAAUCAAACUGGUUGGACAGGAAUCGAAAACGUAAAUGAUGCAAGUGCGGGUCUUUAUGAUGGAAUGCAAUCUUUCUUAUUUGCAGAGCUGUUCAAAUAUCUUUACUUGAUGUUUGACGAUCCUGAUAGGUUCUCACUGGAUGAUUACGUUUUCAACACCGAGGCACAUCCA